UCUGUCCUCUACACCUCAGAUCUCACCUGUCAGGUUGAAACUCCACGGCUGUACAAACGGUUCAUGUGCACAGGAGCAACAGGUAACUGAAAUUAGAAACAGCAACAUGGAGUCUCCGGUGAAGGAUUCCCCCGUCAGACCGGGAUUUCACCGGUUGGAGGUGCAGAAAACGACGUGGGACGUCCCGGAGAGAUACACGACGCUGCGGUCGAUCGGCUCCGGAGCUUACGGGACUGUUUGUUCUGCCAUGGACCAGAAAACAAAGGAGAAGGUGGCCAUCAAGAAGCUGUACCGUCCGUUCCAGUCGCUCAUCCAUGCCAAGCGAGCCUACAGGGAGCUCAGGCUGCUGCGACACAUACAGCACGACAAUGUCAUCUGCCUCCUCAACGUCUUCACACCCGACUCCACUCUGGAAAAAUUCCAAACCUUUUAUAUGGUGAUGCCGUUGGUAGCCCAGGAUCUAAGCCACAUCAUGAAGAAGAAGAGAUUAACAGAUCGCAUCAUCACAUACCUGUUCUACCAGCUGCUGAGGGGGCUCAUGUACAUUCAUUCUGCAGGGAUCAUCCAUCGGGAUCUGAAGCCUGGUAACCUCGCUGUCAAUGAGAACUGUGAAUUAAAGAUCCUGGAUUUUGGCCUGGCCAGACAAACAGAGAGUGAAAUGACGGGUUAUGUAGUGACACGCUGGUACAGAGCACCUGAGAUCAUUUUCAACUGGAUGCACUACAGUCAGACAGUGGACGUGUGGUCAGCCGCCUGUAUCCUGGCUGAGAUGAUCACUGGACAGGUGCUUUUCCCAGGACAUGACAGUAUUGAUCAGCUGAAGAAGAUCCUCCGUCUGACAGGAACCCCCGACUCCUCCCUGGUUCAGAAGAUGCAGAGUAAAGAUGCACAGUCAUACGUGCAAAGUCUUCCUCAACAAAAGAAGAAAAACUUCAGGGAGGUGUUCCCGUCCAUGGAGAAAAAUGCUGUAGACAUUCUGGAGGGGAUGUUACAGUUGGAUCCAGAGACCAGGCUGACAGCUAAGCAGGGACUGUCGCACCCUUUCCUUGCUGAGUUUUACGACCCAGAGAGCGAGCCAGACUCAACGCCAUACGAUGACUCCUUCGAGAGCCUGGAGCUUGACGUUGGAGAGUGGAAGAGUCUCAUCCACAUGGAGAUCAUGACCUUCGAUCCUGACAACCCCAGUCAGACAGCCAUGUAGGGCGCCAUGAUGUGCUGCUACCACCCGCUGUUACAAUGCUUACACAUACGCUAAAGGUCAAUGACACUGUAGAGCUCACGGGUUCUGUUUAAAGGAGAUCAGUCCUGAACUGAGCUACUGAGGUGUAACGUCCAGGAGUGACCUGGCUGACACUCUCCACAUAGUUGCUGUCAUCAUCAGCAAAAUGAUCUGCAGCCAGACCGGACUGCGAUUAAACCACUUCCUUUAUUAAAUCUUCACUGCAAUAAAAUAGAGAAAAGUCCACAGCAGAGGCAAUCA